GGGCUGGCAGCUCAUGGUCUGGCAGCAUCGUCGAAAGAAUCACGCCAUGCGGCAAGGUCUAAGAGCCGUUGCCCGAUGGGAGGAGCAGCAGAGGUCCGUGAUACUCCUCGAAUGGACUCGCGUGACGCGCCAGCGGAAGGCUGAGGAGCUUCUGCGCUGCAAAGGUGAACGAAGGCGCAUCUUCGCGGAGCGCCGCUUUCAGGCUUGCUCCACACAACAGCUGUGUUUGGCCUGGGAUGCCUGGCGCGGAUCUCUUCGGAGUGCUGCGGAACGCCUGGCACGCGUCCAACGUGCCUUGUUGGUGGGGAACGAACGUCUGGAAGCUGUGGCACUGGUCAUGACGUUGGGAGACCCAGACGUUGGACGCUGGGACGUCAUGUAUGACUUUAGUUCGGGGGCCAUGGCACCUUUGGCUCAAAGCCGGCCCUGGCUCUUCAGCCCUCCGGCGGUGCUCAAGUGGUGCGGCCGUGCCCUGCUGAUCGUAGAGCGUUUCGUUCACCGUGUUGUGCCAUGGAUCGUCAUGGAUCUUGCUGAAGUUGACGCUGGAGGUAGCUCUCUGAUGUGGUCAUGGUGGUCUUUGAUCCUGUGCAUGUGCGCCACUUGGUCCUCUGUCCGUGAUGGGACUGGUCUGGUGCUUACUGGCCUCUUGGAUGGAGCUCCUGAAGUGCUCACUCUGCUGGAUGUUGUCCUGGUGCAGCAAGUCUCUAUUCCGUUGCUGAAGGUGGAUGAUGGUACUAAGGUGUUGUUUCACUCACUGCAUACCUGGGAGGACUUCUUCAAACUGGUCGAUGCUUGCUGCGGGUUUGGUGGUCCUACACAUGGGGCCCAUGCCGUUGGUGUGCAAACCAUGGUUGCUGUUGACUCUAGUGCCCGUAUGGUGACCUUACACAAGGUUCAUGGAGGAUGUGAGUAUGUGAUCGGUGAUGCUGGCUGUCCCCAGGUGAUCGCUGGAGUGUGGUCCACGUGUAAUCAUGCUGCGGUGAAGAGUGUGGGAUUUUCAUGUCAGCCGUUUUCGCAGUUUGGUGAUCGGAAAGGAGGGGCAGACCCUUGUGCUAUGUCCCUUCCUAACAACCUCAGAGCUGCUCCGUCUCAGCGUGUUCAUGGUUUGGUGCUUUCAUGCGUUGUCCCUGCAUGCAGAGAUCCGUUCGUCUCACAACACCUUGAUAGGUUUGUCGACUGGUCUGGAUUUGUGAAGGAGAACAUCAUCCUUGAGCUCUCUGCUUUUGGUCAAGUACAACCGUUGAUGCAGAACCAAACACAGAUUGACGGGCAGUUUCUGGAGUUCACCCACCAUCAGUCUCAACAAGUUUCGAAUCUACAGGCCCUGAUGCAGGCCCCGUCUCAACACUUUUACGGACAAAGUGAGACCCAGUAUCAGUGCAUCCAGGCUAUGUUUGAGAAUCAGCUUUCUCAUAUACGUGGCUUGUUGCGGAAGUCCGGUUCAGGCUUUGCUGCCGUCUUGACCGUAGAACCUGCCAAUUUGCGUGGCCACUGUGCGGAAAACGCCGUGCGCAUCAAGCUGGGUAGCCCCAAGCACAUCCCAGGUAACGGCCGCCGCAUGAUGAAGUUUCGGCACCUCUGGUGCCUUGCCUGUCUUGCACUUGGCAGAUCCUUGACGCCAAGCGGUGCGGCUCUGGCAGAUAGCCUUGCCGCACAGAGUGGGGAGGACGCGCUAGAUCUGUCUUCUGUGCUGAAUGAAGGCGCAGUGGACGCUGGACAGUCGCUGUCGGAGGAUCUCCAGGAUCCGGAAGAUCCGGUGCCCGAAUUACAACUCGAGGUCACAUCCCUGGCAGCGCCGGCGACUUCGCCCACGGUUACGGCGCUUCCGCGAAACAAAGCGGAGAUGCCGGAUGAUGACAUUCAGAACCUGGAAAGGUCGGUCUUAAACCUGGUGAACCAAGGGGCCUCGCCGGGCAUGGUGACCUUCGUGGCGGAGGUGAGGAAAUUGGUGCAUGGGAAGAUGAAGAAGGAGUUGCAUCUGCAACACAGCGCCACCGAGAAGUCGUUGAACGCUUCCUACGUUGCCAUCGCCGGCUGUUCCUCUCGCGAUUGGAGAGAGAUGCUCAAUGUGGCGCUGUCGCGUGAUGUCAAUGGUUCUAGCUUGGAGACCUACAAACUCCCAGAGUUGGCCGAGGAUCACAGGAAGUGCCGCGACGUUGAAGCCGAGCGUGCGGAACGCGUGGCGGAUUUGCAGAGCUUGGCGGACGUCUUCAUGGCCAAUACGGUCUACACCUGCAAGCUCUAUGCGGGCAACGAGAGCGACCGCUUGCUGCCGGUGGGCGAUUCCAAUCGCUGUAUCAUGGAUGUGGAGAAGUAUCCUUUGAGCAGCAAGACCAGGCACAUCGACUACUUGAAGGAUCAACUGGCUUUCUGGGACGCGGAGUACCAGAAGAUCGUGGAUUCACGUGUGCAAUGCACGUCAAACACAAAGGCCUAUGAGGCGCACAAGGUCACGGUGGACCAAGCGAAAACUGCUCUGGCGGAGGUCCGCACAGCAUGCAACGAAGCGCAGGCCAAGAUGGAUGAAACUUCCUGUGGCUAUAAGGCCUCCAUCACGAAGAAAUGCGAGCUGGUGGCGCGCUGUCAAGAAAGCACUUGGAAGACCUAUAAUGAGACCUUGACCACAGCGAGGACAGAGGAGAUAUUCCUCAAGGCUCAGAUGAGCACAUUGGAGCGUAUCGAGUGCUAUUUGGGUGCCUUUGAGUCCGGGACCCGAUCUUUUUGGGUCGACAAAAAGGGGGUUCGAUGCUGCUUUGCCCCAAUGGGGAUUUUGGGUGGAUUUGGAGCAGGUGGCUGUGUUUUUUUCCAAACUUGGGGUCAUACCGAAAGAAACUGGAAACAAGGGGCAUCUCAAGAAAUAACACAAUGA